AGAGUUUUCCAGCAAAUUAGGUGGUGAUCGAUUGAUUUUGACGGAUUGUUGUCAGCCGUGUAUUAUCUGGAGCUCUGUUGUAGAGAGAGAAACAACCGUUUUAAGUUGUAGAGAGAGAAACAACCGGAUUUUGUUCAAUUUUGGAGAUAGAGGUGUAGGAGGAGAGAGAAAACGGCUUCUUGAAAAAGGGCAUUACCUUGAACUGAUUUUGACUUCGAGAAUGAGGAAUUCAAUUUUUGAGUCCUUCCCCACGCUUCUCCAGACUUAUGGUCCAAACGAGUUCCACGUACGAGUUACUCAGGAACUUGACCGAAUGCAUGGGCACCCAAACCCAAAUGGAUUCUUCAUUGGUUCUCACUCCUGUAGCAACAUUGAAGCUCCUGGGUUGGCCUCAGUACAGAAUAUAGCUUGGUCAAAUUCUCCAAACUCAAUAUCAGGUGGAAGCAAUUGUCCGAUAACGCCAUCAGCUAGCGGGAAUACGAGUAUUUGUAUGGGUCCCCAAAGAACAAAGGGUUUGGGCAGAGGGAAAAGGGUGGCGGAGUGUGAGAGGGAGUGGGAGUGGAAGAAAAGGAAGGGUCCAGAGGUCACUGAAUACUUCCAACAUGCGCCUGUUGCAGGGGAGCCCACCAAGUUGCAAACGCCAGCAAGGAAGAGUCAGAAGAUCGGCGAUCGGAUCACAAUAUUGCAGCAAUUAGUUUCCCCUUUUGGAAAGACAGACACAGCUUCAGUGCUUCACGAAGCUUGCAGCUACAUCAAGCACCUUCACGAACAAAUACAGGUGCUGAGCACGCCAUACCUCAAGGGCCGGCCUUCCCUUCGUGGAGGAGAUGUAACGAUGGACUUAGGAAGUAGAGGGCUUUGCCUGGUUCCCAUCUCUUCCAUUAUCAAACUCACAACAAAACCAGAGGCCUACAUCGGGACGGGAAAUCGGACAGGAGAUUAUCGAUUUUAAACGUGUUCUCAUUUAUUAUCACUAUCAUCCUUGCCAUCCACGGAAUUGGUUUUGGGUCUUUUUCUUUGUCAAAAACGUCAUAGCAUCUUUGUAUAUGAAUACAUGCGAGUGAGUAUACAAACAAUAUUAGCAGAACCCCAAACUACUGGUCGAGUUCCAUUAUUGUAAUUGUGCACAUUGCCCAUUCCAUCGCAAUUAUACUGCUGCCCCAAACAGAGCAUUAGCCUUCAUGGAUGGCUUGAGCAUUAUAUAUCUCUCAUUGUAAGAAUAUAGUGAUCGAGUAGUAUAGGUAUAAGAGAAAAUGUACCAGUUUUAAUCCAUGUGUGUUAAAUUAACCAUGCCUUGCAUGAUUUAGACUUGUGACCAUGUAAUGGACGACAAGGAAUUUCCAGAGCUUGAAUAUCA